CUCAGGUCCUAGGACUCUUGUCACCCGUGUCCUAAUCAGGAUCAUCUCCCUAAAGAUUCAUCAGAAUGGUCUUCUGUGCCCCACCCACACUCGUGAAGCUGGCUUCACAGAGACUGGUGAGGGAUGAAGUAUUGAAUAUCUCUGCUCUGGAGUACCUACCAAGGGAAUUCUUCCUACCUCUGUUCAAGGAGGCCAACAGUCAAAGAAAAGCAGAGAUGAUUAAGAUCCUGGUGGAAUACUGGCCCUACUCUUGCCUUCAUGUUGGGUUACUGAUUAAUAAACCCAACUUUCAGAUCUUCCAGGCUAUACUGGAUGGAGUAGACACAUGGCUGAAUCAGAAGUAUCGCCCCAGGAUGUGCAGGCUUCAAGUGGUUCACUUGAAUGAAUACCAUGCUUCCUCGGAUAUGCAGGAUGGAAGAGAGGGCAGAGACUACUUAGUAGAAACUAUGCAUAAGAAGCGGAGACACUCAAGAUGCACAAGGAAGCAGCAUUUGCGGUUGUUCAGUGAACUUUCUUUUAUGUCUUCUCUGCAUGAAGAUAAACACCAGACACAGUUGUUGCAGUGGGCAAGGGAAAGAAAGGAUUUCCUGCAUCUGUGCUGUGAGAAGUUGGAGAUUGGAGCAAGAGAAGUGUCCAAGGUCAGGAAUGUGUUAAAAUUUUUACAGCCAGAGUUCACCAAGGAGUUGGAACUGAAUACAGUGGGGAAUCUGUCCAAACUGGCAAAAUUUGUUCCUCACAUUAGCAAGAUGAGAACUCUUCAGAAACUCAUGCUAAUACGAAUCUUUGGAACAAGGACUUUCACACAAGAGAAGUGUAACGUCACCAAGAUCCUUUCUCUGUUCCCCAAACUCAGCUGUCUCCAACAUCUCACUAUUGAUGAUGUCUAUUUUCUCACAGCCCACAUGAAAGAGUUGUUCAGGUGUCUGGAAGCCCCAUUGGUGUCCCUUGAGAUCACCCUGUGCUGACUCUCUCAGGCAGAUUUGGAGUCAUUUGCCCAGCAUUGGAACUACAGUCAGCUUAAACAUCUGUGUUUGAGAGGUGCCACUUUAACUUACUUGGAUGUCAACCCUCUAGGAGAUUUCUUAAAGAACGUCGCAGAUAAUCUGCAGACUCUGAACUUAGAAAACUGUAGGAUGAGUGACUCUCAGCUCAGUAACCUUCUGCCUGCCCUUAUCAAAUGCUCCCAGCUCACUAGCAUCAAUCUGUAUGACAACACCACCUCCAAGGAUCCCCUGAAGAAUUUUGUGCACCACACUACCAAUCUGAGCCAGUUGACCACAGAAAUGUAUCCUGCUCUAUUAGAGGUCUAUAAUAAGUCUAAGUAUGUUGAAGCAGACCCAUUUUCUCAGUUUUGUGCUGGACUCUGGGAAACACUCAUGGGUGUAAGGCAGCCCAAUUCAGUCUCCUUUGGUUCUUAUUCCUGUUAUGACGGUGAUGAACGUUAUUUUUAUGAAGAUGGUGAUGUCAUACAUUGUUUGUGCCAGGAGUAA